AGUUAAAGUAAAUGUAUUUCCCAAAUGUACUCUCUACAGUUUUUGUUGUGUCCUCCUAUAAUACAAAACGUCAUAAAACAAUUCCCCCCCACAUACUCGAGAUGUGACAAAAAAAAUAAAAAAAAAAUAAAAUUAACUGGUGAUUUCUUUGACAUUAUUGUCGUUGCUUUGCGAGACGAGACAAAAACAAAACAUUGAAGAACAGCAUCUUGGGAGCAGCGAGUCUGUGGCCGUGAUUAUCCAGAGAGUGAACUUGCUGUCUCUAUAGAAACUACAAAACACUGAAUAAAGUCGAGCAAUGGACGAAGAUCAGUCUGCUGAGGAGACUACAUUUGUUGUGGACGAGAUUACCACAGUUAUCAAAGAAGCUGUUGAAAGCACCAUUGGAAACAGCUCUUACCAACACAGCAAAAUCAACCAGUGGAUGUCAAACAUUGUAGAGUCAAGUCUGAACCAGCUAACUAAAUUAGGAAAACCUUUCAAGUACAUAGUGACGUGCAUCAUACUGCAAAAAAAUGGGGCAGGUUUGCACACUGCCAGCUCGUGUUUCUGGGACAAUACUACAGAUGGUAAGACAUAUUGGAGCUGCACAGUACGGUGGGAGAAUAAAACCAUAUACUGCAGUGUUAGUGUUUUUGGACUUGCCAUCUGAGGAUGAAUAUCAACAUGUAGGCCCAUCUCAUGUUCAAAGGUUUUUGAAAGCCUCAUAAACAAGCAAUACUGUCCCUGUUUAAUUUGUUACUUGAAUAAAUUCAUUUUCAAUUCUAAA